AUGGAUUUACAAAGUAAAUCAUUCCCAAAGUUGUUUGAUUUCUCUACUAGCCCAUUUGUUGGUGCUUGUGGAGUCGUCAAUGUGAAUAUAAAUGUUCCAACUCUUGGCCAAAUGUCAAUAUCUAGUCGUAUAACUGGUACCUCAUUUUAUGUUAAUUUCCAAACUCCAUAUAGCGGCAAAUUAUUGACAAAUUAUGGAAACAAUGUGUAUAACCCAGAUGUAAGCCAUUUCCCCAACCUUACAGCAUUAAACACCUUAAUUUCUAGUAUCCCUGAUGUUAGUAUUAUUUCAACAAAUUUAACAGUACCACCUGGAUUUACAUGUAAUAUUCAAUUUGCAUCAAUGGAUUUACCUUUGAUUAAUGGUUUUGGUAUUAUAAAAGGCACUAAUGUUGGUUGGGGUUAUACAUUGACCGGAUCUUACGCUCUUACACCUAUCAUCCCUAAUCAAAUUUUAAGUGUAAACAUUAAAAAUUUGUUGGUUGGUCCAAAAAAACCAUAUACCCUUCAGUUGAAUGGUAAUACACCACAAUAUUCAUAUCCAUUUAAUGUGAUUGAAGUUGGAAUUAUUAUCAACAAGAAUGUUCAACCACUACCACCAAUCCAACUAUCGUUCAAGGCUGGAUUUAAUGUGACAUUUACACUGUUUAAUCCAUUUGUUCAACACAUUGUCACAGUCGUAGAUCAACUAAGCAGUAGCAGUAAUAUUUCAUGUACCAUUAAAUCAAAUUCAACCAAUUGGUUGUAUUGUGAAACUACUCGUCCUAUUCAAACGGGUGUUUACAACAUUUCAGUACAAAAUGUUUAUAAUAGUCAAUCGACUAUGAUGACAUUUACCGAAACCUAUCCACUUGGAACUGCAUUUUCGUAUGAUUCAUCUGAUCCUCAGACCAUCUAUAUCUAUGGUGAUUUUGGAGCAAACGGACAACAAAAUGCAUCGGUUCAACUCAACCAAACCAACUGUAAUAUUACCUCGAUCAAUCAAACAUCGAUUAUUUGCAAAUUGGAUGUAUUGCCUCCCAAAGGAUUAGCAUCCGUUCAUAUUUCAAUAGACUCUUACAACUUUACUCGAUUGAAUGCUAUCCUAUUUACCUCUGGUGGUGGCGGCGGAAUCAAUAGUAGUGAUAGUCAAGGAUCAGAAGAAUCAAAUCCAUUAAAAGACUGUAUCGUUAAUACAUCAAAUUGUUUUGGUCAUGGUCAAUGUGAUGAAAAUGGAGUAUGUCAAUGUGAUACUGGUUUCAAUCCAUUAGAUAAUUGUUUAACUGAAUUUAAAAAUUCUACCCCAAUUAUUGAUCCAACCAAACCUACAACAUCAUUUGAUAUUGAUGGAGUUGAUUUUAAAUUUGAAAUAGUUUCAGUACAGGAAUUAGAUUUGGAUGAAUCAAUUGUUAAAGAAUUACCAUCUGAUAUUUGGCAAUCUACUAUCAACUCGACUUUAGAAUUGACAGUAGCACAAUACAAACUAAAUACAACCAAUAGUACGAUUGUAGGUCCAGAGACUGAGGUUACUGCCACCAUAUCAUUCUCGUCUCUUUCUAGAACCGUUGAUUUUGGAUUACGACAGAUUGUCAUUGAUCCAAAUGCCAUUAAAUUGGCAGUCAAUAUUAGUGGUUGGGAUUUCGAAUCGAAUCUAUCCUAUCUCAGAGUGGUAUUUAGAACAGAGAUAAAUAACGACCAAUCAUUUGCUUAUGACUGUGAAGAUUACAAUGUCGAUUCGUUAUCGUUUGACUCUCUCAAUACAUCAUUACAAUACCUUCGAGUGAUUAAGGGUGACGCCCAAUUCAAUGGUCGAUUCAUUGAUUACUCACUCGCCAAUGGCCGACCCACCUAUUCUAGAGUCCAACUCAUAUCAUUGACACCGAGCAGCAACGAUGACGACACCUCGGUGGCAACUAUUGGUGUUCUCUUGAGUCAAUGCCAAGAGUGUUUACUCGAUCCAGACUUUACACCAUUGCUCAUCAACAAGGACGAGAGUAAAAGUUGUGACAAAAAGGUCAAUUGGAGAUUGAUUGUCGGUGUCGUGGUUGGAGGUACUGCCGCCAUUGCUCUUGCCACAGCAACAGGCCUUCAAAUUCGACGUAAAAGAAUUGAAAGAAGAUUCAAUGCUAAAAUGAAAUCUAAAUUGGCCAAUAUGAACAAACAAUAA